CCCUCUUUCAUUUCGUAUCCAGAGCUAGGGCUUCACGGUGACAGCCUCUAUCGUCACCUCUGUCCGAAGGAGGAGCAAGAGGAAGACGAAAGAACGGGAAGCCGACGAACCAGCAGACGACGAUAGAAGCAUUAGAUAUCUCAGGAGUCGAAAAGAAGAAACGUCACCGCAGCCAAGUAAGAAGAAAGAGGGAAAAAAUCUGUUGGAACCAGCGAGGCCUAAGGUGAAGAAAGCCUUGCAGGUAGGAGGAACCCUAGAAACUUUGUCGAGGAGGCGGUGAAACACAAGCAGCGAAGAUGAGGAUUAUGAUCAAAGGUGGAGUAUGGAAGAACACGGAGGACGAGAUCCUCAAGGCGGCUGUAAUGAAGUACGGCAAGAAUCAGUGGGCUCGGAUCUCGUCGCUUUUAGUGCGCAAGUCGGCGAAGCAAUGCAAGGCUCGCUGGUAUGAGUGGCUCGAUCCGUCCAUCAAAAAGACGGAGUGGACGAGAGAAGAGGAUGAGAAGCUUCUUCACCUUGCCAAGCUCAUGCCUACACAAUGGCGCACAAUUGCCCCUAUUGUCGGUAGGACCCCUUCUCAGUGCUUGGAACGCUAUGAGAAGCUCCUUGAUGCAGCAUGUCUCAAAGAUGAAACAUAUGAACCUUCUGAUGAUCCCCGAAAACUUCGCCCUGGUGAGAUUGAUCCCAACCCUGAGUCUAAACCUGCUCGUCCUGAUCCUGUUGACAUGGAUGAGGAUGAAAAAGAGAUGCUUUCAGAAGCACGAGCUCGACUUGCCAAUACACGUGGAAAGAAGGCAAAACGAAAAGCUAGAGAGAAGCAGCUAGAAGAAGCACGGAGACUGGCUUCCCUCCAGAAACGCAGGGAGCUGAAGGCUGCUGGUAUUGAUACCAGACAUCGUAAGAGGAAGAGGAAAGGAAUUGAUUACAAUGCUGAAAUUCCAUUUGAGAAAAGACCUCCUCCUGGUUUUUUUGAUGUGGCUGAUGAGGAUAGGCCAGUUGAACAUAUAAAAUUUCCAACAACCAUCGAAGAGCUUGAAGGGAAGAGGCGGGUCGAUGUUGAAGCACAGUUGCGGAAGCAGGACAUUGCCAAAAACAAAAUUUUGCAAAGACAGGAUGCACCGACAGCAAUAAUGCAAGUAAAUAAGCUGAAUGACCCUGAAGCAGUUCGAAAGAGAUCUAAGUUGAUGCUGCCUGCUCCUCAGAUCUCAGACCAGGAAUUGGAAGAGAUAGCAAAGAUGGGCUAUGCAAGUGAUCUUGUUUCUGGAGGGGCGGAGGGAAUGGAUGGAGGGAAUGUUGUGACACGAGCUCUUCUUGCAAAUUAUGGGCAGACCCCUAGGCAAGGGAUGACACCACUUCGAACACCUCAAAGAACUCCAGGUGGGAAGGCUGAUGCGAUUAUGAUGGAGGCUGAAAAUCUUGCUCGCUUGCGAGAAUCACAGACACCUCUGUUGGGUGGAGACAAUCCAGAGUUACAUCCUUCAGAUUUUUCUGGUGUUACUCCCAAGAAGAGAGAAAUUCAAACACCAAAUCCCAUGGCUACGCCAAUGAUGACACCUGGAGCCACGGGACUCACCCCUAGGAUUGGAAUGACACCUUCCAGAGAUGGUCAUUCUUAUGGCAUGACUCCAAAAGGCACACCUUUGCGAGAUGAACUUCACAUAAAUGAAGACAUUGGCAUGACAGAUAGUGCUAAGCUAGAACUCCAUAGGCAGGCAGAGUUGAGAAAGAACUUGCGUUCUGGACUGGUAAAUCUUCCUCAGCCUAAAAAUGAGUAUCAGAUAGUUGUGCAAGAACUACCAGAAGAAAGUGAGGAAGUUGUUGAAAAAAUUGAAGAAGAUAUGUCUGACAAGAUAGCUAGGGAAAAGGCAGAGGAAGAAGCAAGGCAGGAAGCACUACUUAGGAAGAGAUCAAAGGUACUGCAGAGAGAACUACCUAGGCCACCUAAAUCUGCGGUUAAGUUAAUCAAGGAUUCUUUGGCGAGUGGAGAUAAGAGCUCAUUUGUCCCAACCACUCCAGUUGAGCAUGCAGAUGAAAUGAUCAGGGAGGAGCUCCUUAAAUUGUUGGAACAUGACAAUGCUAAAUAUCCUCUAGACAAAAAUGUUGAGACUAUGAAAAAGAAGGGUAACAAAGGUGUCUCUUCUGGUAGAUCUGCAGGUUUGGUUCCAGAAAUUGAGGAUUUUGAGGAGGACGAGUUGAAAGAGGCUAAUGCUCUGAUUGAGCAAGAGAUCUCAUUUUUACGGGUGGCAAUGGGACAUGAAAAUGCUUCCGUUGAUGACUUUGCUGAGUCACAUGGUUCAUGCCAUGAUGAUCUUAUGUACUUCCCAAGUCGUGAUACUUAUGGUCUUGCAAGUGUUGCAAACAUCAGCGACAAGCUACUUGCGUUGCAGAAUGAGUUUGAAAAUGUUAAAAAUUGGAUGGAAGAUGAAACGAAGAAGGCCGUGCGCCUUGAGAAGAAAAUCAAGAUCUUGACUGAUGGAUAUCAGAUGCGAGCUGGUAACUUGUGGCCUCAGAUUGAAUCUGCUUUCAAGCAAAUGGACACUGCUGGAACAGAACUUGAAUGCUUCCGUACUUUGCAAAAGCAAGAGCAGCUGGCAGCAUCUUCUAGAAUCGAGUGUCUGCAAAAGGAAGUAAACAUACAGAAAGACCUUGAGCGACAUCUUCAAAAUAAAUACGGAAAGCUUGUAAAUAAGCUGGAUAGAAUGCGAAGGACAUUUGAUGACUACAAGAUGCAGUUGCAAAUGUUAGAAGAGAUUGAAGCAAAGAAACGUGCUGCUGAUGAAUCUAAUUCCUGUCCUGAUCAAACUGAGAAUACAGACCAAGAAGAAGCUGUGGUUGUGCAUGGUUUGGAAGCUAAUGCUCUAAGUUCCACGAAUUCACAAGAUACUAUGGUUGCAGAUGGUGCUCUUAAUGAAAAUGUGGCCCCAAACUCCAACCAAACUGCAGUAAUAGAUAGCUUGGUUAAUGGAACUCCUGGCACUACAGACCCAGAAAGGGCUAGUUCUCUGGAUAAUUCAUCUACCGAUGCUUCUGUCGUUGAAGCUGCAUUUGCCAAUGGUACAUCACACGAUCAAGCUUCUGCAGAACAGAUGUUGGCAGUUUCUCAGGUUGAAGUGAGUCAGAAUGCUGAUUCUGCUGAACAGAUCAACCCCAGCUUGGCUCCGAAACCGGUGACUCCUAUGGAUGUGGAACUAACUUCUGAUGUUAUACCUGGCAGGGAGGAUGCGACAGUUGUAACGGAUCAUACAAAAUCUGAUCCUUCACUAGAUCAGUCUAUAGUUAACCAAGAUGAACAUGGUAAUGGGACUACUGUUUCAGCAGAAGCUGGCAUUGAAAAUAUGGUCAUUGAUUCCAACAAGCUUGUCUCUGCAAACUUAGCGGAUAGUGAUGUUCCACAUCUGGCCGGGACUGCCAAAGCUAACUCAACGGUUGAGGCUGUUCAGAUUGAUAAGACCACCGUGCCUGUUGAGCAUAAUUUGGAAUCUGCCAACGAGGAAUAGUGCAUUGUCCAUUCUGCACAAGUUAUCUUAGGAGACAAAGGGGCUACCUGUUGGUGAUGGAUCUUGGGCAAGAGUGUAAAAGAAGUUCCGGAAUUUCAUUUCUGGUGGCUGCCUUCUGCACAUUUUUUUUUUCUGACGGAUGGUAUACCGGCAUCUUCUGCAACGGGCUGCUGAUUUCUUUGAUGAGUGACAGGCAAGCAUACGCGCCUUGAUCUUUAUUUUUGUUCCUCGCCAGUAUUCUGAACGGUUGGCUGAAACCAAUGUGUAAAUUGUGAUGAGGAUGUGAUACUGUUCUAAAGAGGACUGGCUUACAUAAUUUGAAUAUCAGCGAGACUUUAUCAUAUUAAAAUUGGAGCACUGGUUCCUUGCGAGCAA